UUCAGUGCUCACAAACUACAUACAGCCUACCUGAGUUGACACAGGCAGCUUUUAGUGACUCCCUCUAACACCCAAUCAUGGACUUUAUAGAUCCCAUCCUGUUCGUAGCCUCACAGAUCUACACCCUGGCUGAAAAUGUUAAGGCCAAUAAGAAGCGCUGCUGCCGUGUUUCGGACUGAGUGAAAGCCUCGGAUGAGCUGGUAAGGUCUAUCAAAAAGAGGGAGACGGACCAAAUCUCUGCGGAGGUAAAGCAAGCCCUUGGGGAACUCUCAAUCACCCUGAACUCAGCACAGGAGCUCAUUAAAAAAUACACGCUGGCCAACUGGGUGCAGCGGGUCCUGAGCUCCAGCAGCCACGGGGACGAGUUCAGCAGCGUGAAUGAACGCCUGACAGAUGCCUUCCAGAUCCUGUCCGGGGCUCUGCAGGUGGAGCAGGGGAACAUUCUGUACAAAGUGUUUGAACUGAGCCGCAGGGCAAAAGAAGAUGAUGCGGACGGUAGAGAUGAUGACAAAGAGCUGGAGAAAUGUUUCCUGGAGUACAUGAAAUCUCAGCAAGAGAAAACGGACGCCAUGCUGAAGAGCUGUGAAGAGAUCAAAAUCAAUGUGGCUAAGGUCGUGGAGACGUUGAACAAGCCCAGUGUCACUAGCGAGGACAUCCGAAUGAUUAAACCAGAGGAGCUGAAGUACGAAUAUCCAAAAAAGCCCUUCAUGACGACGCCAAACUCUGUGGUCUAUAAAGGAGAAUAUCGUGGAUUCACAGUGGCCAUCAAGAGAUACACUGACCCAGUGGACACCAGCCCAGGGGAGGUGCAAUCCAUUUUCAAAAUAGAAGCCGACACCAUGAAGCGCUUUGAGUCGCCCAACAUCCUAAGAAUGUUUGGCAUCUGUGUCCAGGAUGAGAACGGAUCCACACCUCAGUUCCUCAUCAUCAUGGAGUACUGUGAGAAAGGAACCCUUCGAGAAGUCCUGGACUCUACUGUCUAUAAACUGUCCUGGAUAGAGAAAGCUCGCAUGUGUCUGGAUGCAGCGCAAGGACUCUAUCGACUGCAUCAAACAGAAGAAAAAAGUGAGGUCCACGGGUGCAUCAACAGCAGCAAGUUCCUGGUGGCAGAAGGCUACAGAGUCAAGCUGGGAGGAUUUGAGCUGGCGAAAACCGAGACGUCACUGAAGAAAUUGACGAGGGACAAGGAUAUGAAGUCCUUGUGCUAUUCCUCUCCCCAGGCACUCGGCGACAUCAACCACAAAUACAUUAAAGAGUGCGAGAUGUACAGCUUCGGAAUCGUCUUGUGGGAGGUUGCAACACGCAAAAAACCUUUCCAAGAUUAUACCAAUGAACAAAUCUAUCAGCGAGUCUGCCAAGAGAAAUACCAAGAGCCACUGCCCGAUGACUGCCCUAAAGCACUGGGAGAUCUGAUCAACGCCUGUCGUGCUUAUGAUAGCUUCGAGAGGCCGUCUGCUGGAGUGUUGGUGGAUAAGCUGCGUAGUGUGGUGGCACAGUUAGAGGAGCAAUAAAAGCCAUCAACUGCCCAUUUGCUGGUUGCGUCAAAUGAGUUGAGAUCCCAGCUCCCUGAAGUAAAUGUAUUGUGUGUGGAAUCAGAACUUGAGUUUCUUAGAUUUUAAAGAGUGGUUUUAAGCAGCAUUGAUUUAUUGUGUUGAUUCUCAGAGAAUAAGAUAACAUAUGAAUAUAAUAUCAUAUAUGAAUUAGACGAAUAAUAGCUGAAGGAAUGUAACUAUUGAUUGUGAAAUGAGGAGCAGACUGAGACAUAUUCAGUGGAAAGAUACAAAGCAUGGAUUAAUAAGUUAUGAGUAUGAGACUCUUAUUGGGUAGAAAUGCUCAUAUGAUGGUUAAUCAUGGUGAUGUGCAAGAUGUCUUAGACUUAAGAGUAUGAAAGAUUAUGCAGAAGUGUAUUACGGGCUGUGUUACUGUGCUGCAUGUGGACUAAGCCAACACCUCUGCAGUGGUAUUUUGGCUUUAAAAGUUCUUUCUGUAUUGCCCCUGCCUAGCAGUUGAAGAUUGGAUUAUCUUUCACAUUUUGAAUUUCUACUUCUUGGACUUUGUACUGAGUCGAGGAGACAUUUUGGAUUACAGUGCAAGCAUUUUAAGUGACUUUCCAAAGGACUGGAACAUCAUUCACUGGGGGCGUCCUUAUUUUACUAGCUCACUGUAGCAGUAACGGACUGGAAUCGGGUAGGGCAGCAUCGGCCGUGCAGCUCACCCGGCUCCCUUCCUUCCCUAAAAGGAUUUUUGGACAGAUUUGGACAUUUACUAUCUCCACCCAGACAGCACAUAAGUCAUUCUUCUCCAUCAGUUUACUGUUAUUGAUUUUUGGCAAUGAUUUAAGAUUGAUUUGACUUAUUCAGUUCCUGACUUUAUCUGAUUUUGGUUAUCUGAUCGAUUGUUGAGCUGUUGCGUUGC